AUGUCAACCCAAGCCGCUGCCGAUACCAACCCUCCCUCACUUGAGAAGCUUUCGAUCGAUGAUAAGCCUCCAGCUGCCCCAAAUGGGGUCCCUAACGGCAUCGACACCAGUGUGGGAGGAGGGCAGUCUCCAAAUGGACAAGACGCCGAGCAGACACCGAGCUCUGCCGUGCCAGGAGGCAGCAAUCAGCCUCACUCGGCUUCGCUCUACGUCGGUGAAUUAGAUCAAGGUGUUACAGAGGCCAUGCUAUUCGAGUUGUUCUCUCAGAUCGGUCAAGUCGCUUCAAUCAGAGUCUGCCGGGAUGCUGUAACUCGCCGUUCUCUAGGCUAUGCCUACGUAAAUUACAACAAUACGAAUGAUGGUGAGCGUGCUAUGGAGGAGUUGAACUACACUCUUAUUAAGAACAAACCAUGCCGAAUCAUGUGGUCUCAGCGUGAUCCUGCUUUGCGCAAAACUGGCCAGGGUAAUGUUUUCAUCAAGAACUUGGACAACGCAAUUGAUAACAAGGCCUUGCAUGACACCUUUUCGUCCUUUGGCAACAUCUUGAGUUGUAAAGUGGCCACUGACGAAACUGGGGCUUCAAAAGGGUACGGCUUUGUUCAUUACGACUCUGGCGAAGGGGCAAGCAGAGCAAUCGAGAAAGUGAACGGCAUGUUGCUGAACGACAAGAAGGUGUUCGUUGGCCAUCACAUUCCACGCAAGGAUCGUGAAAGCAAAUUCGACGAGAUCAAGGCCAACUUCACUAACAUCUAUGUCAAGAAUAUCGAGUCGGAAGUCACGGACGAUGAAUUUAACCAGCUUUUUGAUAAGUAUGGUGAAGUCACGUCUGCGGCCAUCACACGAGAGCCGGAAACUGGCAAAAGUCGUGGUUUUGGAUUCGUUAAUUACGCACAGCAUGAAUCUGCGACUAAAGCCGUGGACGAGCUUCAUGACAAGGACUUCAAGGGUCAGAAACUCUACGUUGGACGAGCGCAAAAGAAGUCAGAGCGUGAAGAAGAGCUUCGCAAGCAGUACGAGGCCGCUAGGCAGGAGAAAGCAAGCAAGUACCAGAACGUUAAUCUAUAUGUCAAAAACCUUGCCGACGAUAUUGACGAUGAGAAACUCCGGGAGAUGUUCACAUCAGUCGGUACGGUGACAUCUGCCAAGGUCAUGCGCGAUCCCAUUACAGGAUCCGACAGCAAGGAUUCAGUAGAUGACGAAAAAGACAAGGAGAACAAGAAGUCGGAGGCCAACGAGGGUGAGGAGAAAGCAGAGGAGGACGGCAAAGACGAAGAGGAAGAGAAAGACACGGAAAAGAAAGUUGCCUCCAAGCCAACCCUUGGUAAAAGCAAGGGCUUCGGCUUUGUAUGCUUCAGCCAUCCGGACGAAGCGACCAAGGCCAUUAAUGAUUUCCAUCAGAAGAUGGUCGAUGGUAAGCCCCUCUAUGUGACUAUUGCCCAGCGUAAAGAUGUCCGCAAGAACCAGCUUGAAUCAAGCUUGCAAGCUCGCAAUCAGAUACGCAUGCAGCAACAAGCUGCCGCCCAGCAGCAGCAACAAUUCAUUCAACCCGCCAUGUUCUACGGUCCUGGUCAACAACCACAAAUGAUGGCACCAAAUGCGGGAGGUCGUGCAGGCAUGCCAUUUGGACCGCAACCAGGGAUGAUUCUACCGGGCAUGCAAGGUGGGCGUGCUGGACAGUUUUCAGGGAUGCAAGCUCAACAGAGUAAUCGUGGAGGGAUGGGAGGUCCACAAAUGCCCCAAAAUCCUUUCGGAAUGCCUGGUCAGAUGCCCUUCGGCGCAAUGCCACAAGGAGCUUCUGCUGGGUUCCCAGGAGCAAUGGGUUAUUCUCCUGCUGUCCUCGCCCAGAUGCAGGCUCAGAUCGGCCGGGGAGGACAGGGUGGGCGUGGACAAGUGCCUAGUCUACAAGGUAUGCCUCAACAGAUGAUGGGAGUUCCUGGAAUGCGUGGAAGAGAUGGUCGUCCUCAGCAAUACGGUGGCCAGCCUGGUCGUGGGGGUAUGGCAAUGGGUAUGCAGCCAGGACAAAUGGGCGGUAUGCAACAAGGUCGUGCACCUGGCGGCAUGGGCGGUGCUCCCGGUGGUAUGGCUCCAGGGGCUGGCCCCGGUUCAUCAAUGCUUGAUCAGAUGUCGGGCAUGCCUCCAGCACAACAGAAGCAAAUGCUCGGCGAAUCAAUCUAUCCAAAGAUUCAAGUCAUGCAACCUGAAUUGGCCGGAAAGAUUACUGGCAUGUUGCUAGAAAUGGAUCCACCUGAAUUGGUGGCUCUGACUGAGGAUAACGAGCGAUUGCGUGAGAAGGUCAACGAAGCACUUGCUGUCUAUCACGAAUACGCCAAAUCGCAAGGACCGACUGGUAAUACUGAUGGUGCUUCUGAGCAAGCAGAGGAAGAAGCCGCCAAGGCAUGA